AUGGCUCUACCUUCCUCACCCCCUCUGCUACCGGAGCCCGACUUGCCCUCAUCACCCGCGCAGUUGCAGCCAUCCUCAUACCUCGCCAUCGAUUCGUCUAGCCGGAAGCGGCACCUUUCCGAGUACAGCAGCCUCUCCAGCGAUCCGCUGUUUUCUGAAGAUAUCUCAGAGGCCGAGACCUAUUCUGACAACAACAGAACUAAGCGCAAGAGAUUGGUGCGAGGUCCAUGGUGGAGGCUCGCUCAGAAGAGGGCGGUGGGGAGUUCUACUGAGAGCUUGAACGGUCAAAAUGUUAGGAACUUGGAUAGUGGGGUCUUCAUGGGAAGCGAUUUGAGCGAGGAUAGCAUCGAUCGGGUCGUGACUAUGCAAAGCGCCUGUCGAAGUCCGGAUAAGAAAGAAUGGCCGUACAAGGCCUCGAACAAAGCAGUUGCAUCGCAAGCUCUUCCCGCCGCGGAGCUAAUUGUGCACGAGUGUGUUGAGACCGGAACGGAAUCGGUGGACCUCUCUGACCUCGGGAUGGAGCACCUCGACUCGGAAAUUCUGUCCCCACUACAUCAGCUCAUCCGGUAUGCGCACAACGACGUCAUGCCACCGUACGAAUUCACUGCUUUCACGCCGUCAAUCAAGCUUUUCCUGGCGCGCAACAGAAUCUCCUCGUUGCCUCCUGAGCUCUUUCGGCUUGAGAACAUUACGGUCUUGAGCCUGCGCAAUAACGAACUCACUGAACUGCCGCCAAGCAUUGGACGGUUGCGGAGAUUGCAGGAGCUCAACAUCGCUGGCAACAACAUUGCACUCUUACCCUGGGAGCUCUUCCCUUUUUUCGACUGUCAUGGGGUACACAAGCGGAUCACUGUGCGCCCGAACCCCUUGAUUGAGGCAGGGAUCUGUAGCCAAUCUUUUCCGCUGAAAACACCCUUCAGCGCAUCUUCUCAGACUCUCCACCUGGGCGACAGUGACUGGGAGAAGAUGAGUUACGAGGCGUUCAAGAAGCAUCCCCUGGGCCUUGAACCGAUGGACGACAGCGCAGAUCUAGAGUUACGUUGGAGAUUUGGCAGGCUGAAGCGCAUGCAUCAUCUGCAGAACGCUUCGCGAGCAGGCACGAAGCCCCACGUGUGCCGUGAAGAGCUCAUCCAUCUGAUCAGCUCGGCUGUACGAUACUUUGGACCGGACGGCGUUCCUUGCCAUGCAGCAAAUUGCGAGGAGAUGCCCUGGGCGCCAGCCAGAGCUGUCAACGAGCCCCCUCCAUCAUUCGCCAGCUAUUCCGCACCAUCUUUGUUCGAACUGGCGCUCAAGACUGUGCAAUCGAAUUUUCAGCUCGACGACCUCCCGUGCCGUCUGCCCCCGAAGGUACAUAUCGGGCUACAGAAGGCACACCAAGGCGCUCACUUUGGCAAUCAGGUAUGCUCGACGUGCGGCAAGUCCUUUGUAGUUCCAAGAGCUGAGUGGAUGGAGUGGUGGUUUCAUGGAUCAGCGCAGGCGGGAUUGACACCCGAAUCCGUCCUGCCAUUCUUACGGAAAGCAUGCAGCUGGCGUUGUGCGCAGCCCUCGGACAUUGGAGAAUUUCGCGUUUGA